AAAGUGUUCAACAACAACAGCAGCAGAAGACUUUCGAAGUAUCAAGUCGAGGCUUUGGUCAAUCAAGUGGGCUUUUGUUGUCAGUGAGGAGUAGUCUUAGGAAAAGUUGUAUUGCAAGACCAGCAUCAAGGGUGGAGAUUAAUGCUGAUAGGAGGGAAUCAAGAGACCGUAAAUCUUCCUCCAGCAAGUCUAGUGUGGGAUCAUCUUCAUUUUCUGGUCGUGACGUUAAGAGGUCAAGUGUUGCAUUAAUAAAGAGGAAAGAACAUACCCCAGAUAGCAGAAAUGUAGCAUGGAUGACUGAAGCUGCAAAGAAUAAAGUGAAACCUUCUAAUAUGUGCAAUACAUCAAAUGUUAGAGGUAAGGAAGGGAAUCGUAAUUCUAGGACAGGAGGUCUACCAACUGUUGCAAAGCCAACUUGCCAGGAAGCCUCAAAAUCAAAGGCUAAUUCUCAGACUCUUCUUUCCAAACUUUCACAGCCACUUAAUGAAAAGAAGUCACUUGCUGCUGCUUCAAAAGCUAGAGAGAAGGCGGGAGUUAGGAGAAUCAAGAAAGUGACAGGUGCUGGGAAAGAAAAUAACACGGGGGAAAUUUCUCUGAGCCAGAAAUGCAGUGGAAAAGGCAAUGCUGCUGGAGGCAUGGCUGUAGGUAGAAAAGGGACAAGUCAGAGUACAUCCCAGAACGGUGGCAGAACAGGAUUGUUUGUUCCCAAGGGAAGAGUUGGUAAUCAAAGGGAAGGGAAGAAUUCCACCAAUUCUACUCAAAGGGUCCAUUUUCGAUGAGGGGGCAGAGCAGAUAAAGGUCUGUAUAUAAUGUAAUUCUUACUUCUUGUAACCAUGGGAGGAGUGUGAAAGCAAAGAAAACUUUUUCGUGCCACAUUUUGGUGGUAAAUUUUGGUUCUAGUGAAUGUACACCUUCACUGGCCAUAGUCUUAUACAAGCAUUU